AUUAAGGUAUUUAACGUAAUAAUAAUGUUGAUGAAAUUUUAGAAUGCCAGGUACAAACUGCAGUGUGGCCGUUUGUAGAAAUAAUUUUUAUAAAAACAAGAAGUCUGCUGAUGAUGCUGAUCAACAAAUAGCAUUUUUCACGUUUCCCAAAGAUAAAAAACUAGAAAAAAUAUGGAUUGAGCGCUGUUGCGGAAAAGAUGAAAUAAAAACAAAAACUGCUAGAGUAUGUAGUAAUCAUUUCAAGAAGGAUGAUUUUGUGGAUGAUAUGUAUGCUCGAAUAAUGGGAACUAGACCUAAAUUAAAAUUAAAGAAUGGAGCAAUUCCAAGUGAAAACUUAAAAUAUCUGGGCGAUGUUUCAAAACAAACAACAGCAAUAAGUGCAUGAUAAAAUGAUAGAAAUGAAAACACAAAAAGCUAUCGUUGAAGAACUAUUAGAGGUAUACUCACAUGAAAGAAUCAUUGAUGUGUCUGAUGUGCCCAGUACAAGCAAUGAAUCGGAGGAAGAUAUUUUAAAACGAAAAUAUGAGGAGUUGCUUAAAGAGAACAAAAAACUGAAAGAGAAAUUAGAAGAAAAUGAACAAGAUUUGUAUACUACCAGAACGAGGAUUGUAGAACUAAAUAAAAGAAUCAAAGAAAAAGAUAUUGAUAGUGAAAAAAAUAUUUUGAAACGCUUGGGUCACAUGUUUAGUAAAAACGAAAUUGAAAUUAUUUUGAAAAAGAAAACGAGGGCAUGUUGGACGACGGAAGAAAUUUCAAAAGCUUUCACAAUAAGGUAUUUUAGUAGAAGGUGUUACCUUUAUCUAAGAAAUACCCUUAAAUACCCAUUACCUGGAAUAUCAACAUUACAGAAUAGGGCUGCACACAUUAAUCUUAGAUCUGGUCUCCUACAAGAUGUACUUCAGGUGAUGUAUGUUGCUGGAAAAUCUAAAACUGAGCUAUAAAGAGUAACCGUCUUGUCCUAUGAUGAAAUGAAAGUCUGUGCCCAGUAUGAAUAUGACCAAAAAGAGGAUGAAGUUGUUGGCCCUCAUAGGUACAUGCAAGUAGUGAUGGCCAGAGGACUUUUUGAUAAAUGGAAGCAACCAGUGUACAUUGGCUUUGAUACAAGUAUGACUGACAAUAUUUUACAUUCAAUAAUUACUGAGUUGCAUAAUGUAAACUAUAAUGUAGUUGCAUGCGUAUCGGAUUGUGGGGGAGGGAAUCAAGGACUUUGGAAAAAAUUGAAUAUUUCUGUUGAUACCACCUAUUUUACACAUCCAGUCACAAAAGCACAUAUUUACAUGUUUGCUGAUGCUCCCCAUCUUCUAAAAUUAACAAGAAACUGGUUAAUCGACACAGGAUUUGAACUUGAAGAUGGAAGUGUAUUAAAAAAAGAUCUAUUAAAAGAACUAAUUGAAGCUGCAAAAACAGAAAUAAGUUCCCUGUAUAAGCUGACUUUAGAUCAUUUAGAGGUAAAGAAAAUGCGAAGACAAAAUGUUGCACUUGCUGCAGAAUUAUUAUCUCACACAACUGCAACAGCCUUAAAACAUUAUUUUAAAAAUGCAGCCAGAGAUAAAAAAAUCGCAGCACAAAAACUUGGGGAG